AUUCCACAAGUUUCCACGCGCUCACACUGGCCAUGCACACACGACACACGUGUGCCUGUCGUGCCCGUUGUCAUGGCUGGCAAUUACAAGAAUUUUAUGAAACUGUUGGAAUCGUGGCCACUGGACAGAUCCAAAACCGGCAGAGAUUUGGGUCAACAUAUUCGUGACCAGCUUAAAAUUGCAUUCGCCAAAGGUGAUGCAACUACUCUUCCAGACCCGGAAAAAUGUAACCGGUAUUACUCGAGCUUGAAAAGAAUUUCGUCGAAUUAUUAUGGACAACUUUACAGACGUUCCUUGUUGAGUACUGCGAGUGGCUUGAACAAGGAGCACUGCAACUUGGCGUUGUCUCCUGAGAUGUUAGAGUAUUGGAGAGAAGAAGAAAAAGGGAUAUUUGGAAGAUACUACGGAAAAUUAAAGAGACUUCUAAAACAAUGAUAAGAAGACUUAAGUUGAAGUUUAACAAAAACAUUAGCUCGUUAUGCUUGGUCAGCGGGAGACGAUACAGUCUUAAAUACGAUGAAUGUCCUAAUGAGAAUCCUCACAUACCAGUCAUGGCACAAGAAGUAUUAACGUAUUUAAAUCCGUCAUCAGGCAGGACGUACGUGGACAUGACGUUUGGCGCUGGUGGUCAUGCCAAGAGACUUUUGCAACGUUCACCCGACAUAAAGAUUUUCGCGCUAGACAGAGAUCCCGUGGCACACGAAUAUGCCCGACAGUUGUCGCAGAAAUAUCCCGGGAAAAUAAUCCCUUUGCUGGGCAGAUUCUCCGAGUUACCGCAGUUACUUGAACCGUACAGCGUUGAGAGAAACAGCAUAGACGGCUUCCUGUUUGACUUCGGUUGUUCGUCGAUGCAGUUUGACACGGCAGACAGAGGUUUCGCCUUAUCGAAGGACGGGCCUCUGGAUAUGAGAAUGGACGGAUUUCGAUGUCCAGAACAGCCUACUGCCGCGGAUGUACUGGAAAGAGCCACGGAAGAGGAUCUGGCUCGCAUAAUAAAGACAUACGGAGAGGAAAAGCGAGCGAAAAAAAUUGCCCGUGCCAUCGUCGAGGCUAGAUACAUGUUUCGGGAGUUGAAGACGACGAAGGAACUGGCUCAGCUGAUCGAGUCCACCCUAGAUGGCGAAACCCGAACGGACAGCCUCGGCAGAUUUUCGCACAGUGCCACAAAAACGUUUCAGGCUCUCAGGAUUUUUGUCAAUAACGAAUUAAAUGAGAUCAAUUAUGGCAUGCUUCUCGCGGAUAUAUACUUGAAGACCUCUGGCCGUUUAAUCACCAUCUGUUUCCACGCGCUCGAGGAUACUAUAAUCAAGAGACACAUCUCUGGAAACAUAACGGACAACAUGGCUAAUACCGUGGCAUUAAAGUAUGCGAAUCAUGAUAAAAUCUUCGAUAAAAGCGAAUGCGAAACGCUGACAGCGUCACCAUGGAAAAUGAUGCAUAAGCAUGUCCUGACACCCACGAACGAAGAAAUCGAGACAAAUCCGAGAUCGCGAUCAGCGAAAUUUCGUGCCAUCGUCAAAAUUCAAUAAAUCUGUCUUGUCCAUAAUAUUAAGACUUGCGAUGUCUCGUGCUUCUCGCUCGAUUGUAAUUCGAGAAACGGUGUGGAGCGUGUUUUAGAGAUAGAUUUACUUAUUGUAAUGUAAUUAUCAUGUGCGUAUAUUAUAUAGUAUAUGCAUAUGUAUAAACAAUAAAUAAAAGAAUACAAGCUGCUCGA